CAGCCAAUAGUCAUCUUCUGUGCACGGAGCUCCGAGAGAAGAGGGAAGUUCAGUUUGUUUACAUCGCGGGAAGAAAAGCUUGUCUUCUUGUCUGAAGACAUCUACAAUGAACGGAGAUAGCUGACUUCAGCUCUGUGAAUAUUUCAGUUUUAUUGUUUACACGAUCUCGCUUAGGUCCUAAGUACAUUCACCUGGACAAGCAGCAAAAUGUCUCAGCUGCAGCCACUGACCAAGUGCCAACAAACAGCUGAGCCCCUGCUGAAUGUCCAGGAGAUGCAGUUCUGGCUGAACAAAGCAGUGGCCUGGGGCCAGGCUGACAGCCCAGACACGCAGAAAGACACCUGCCUGCAUCUGAGCAGACUGAGGGAUUUCCUCCAACAUCUCCUCACACAUAGCAACAACAUGCGCUCCACAACAGAGACCAUGAAGAGGCUGCCCUUCCUAGGCCAGUUCCUUGGCCGACUGUGCUGGAACCCUUAUGUCACUGCUGAUGCUGCAAGCAGAAGGCUGUUGUUCCAGUGUCUGUGGGGACUGUACUCGGAGCAUCCAGGCAAUGCUGUGGAAAGAAAAGCCAACCAGUGGAUAAGGAAAGUGUUGAGUCAGCUUGCUACAGAAGAAGACGAUGCUGCAGCGCAGGCAUUAAUGAAGCAUAUGGGUGUACCACCUGAAGAGUACCAUCUCAAAGUCCUGAGAAAGAUGGUGGCACUUCUGCAGGAAAACAUUGGGAAAAGCUGCAGUUCUCUAGGCGACAUAAAUCAUGGAUGUUCAUGUGACAGAAUACUGGCCACAUCAGAGGCUUGUGUCCCCCUGGUCACUUGUCCAGAGGCUGCUCCUCUCAUUGGUGCGCUGUUGCAGCAGCCAGUGACUUGUGUCAGGGCAACACUUAAUGAAGACUUCCUGGAUACUCUGAGCUCCGCCUACUCCAGCCAAUGCUUAAAGUCACUGGAGGAGGAAGCAGUAGUCUCGCUGUGGUAUCACAACCUGUCCAGCCUGGAAGAAGCAGUGCUCAGUCUGCUGGAGUGUGUUUUCACCAACACAGGGUCAACACCACAGAAGCUAGAGCAGCAAUUGGCGCAGUCACUGCUGCCUAAAGCCUGUGCUCAGCACUACUCCAUAUUCUUGGUUGUUAACGACAUCUUCAGGUCCAUCCUUAAGCAAGCUGAAGGGAAGGAGUCUGUUAAGUAUCUUAUCCAAACCUUUACCAACUGCUUCCUCAGGAAACUGGCACUGCGGAAGCAUCAGACGAGUGUAUCUUUGAAGGCCUUGUUCCCACAGUCACCUCAGAAUCUGCUGGUUCCUCUCUUGACCCUGCCGUCAGAGAUGCCUCAGGAAGCUUGGAGACAUCAUCUGAACUGGCUCAGUGGCUCAUUACAGAGACUGACAGAGGAGGAAGAGGAGGGAGAAGGAGACGGCAGCAGUAGCACCAGGGGGCUCCACAGAGUGUUCGAGGCCUGGUUCCUGCUGGUCCAGUGUGGCCACUGGAUGCAGGUGGCUGUCCAGCUGCUGGUGACAGCAGGGCCUGAGGACUGCGGACCCCUACUUUGGCUACUGACCUUCUACCACCACCCCACCAACAGGGGGCACCACAGAGCACUGCAGCUGGAAAGAUACUCAAAUAAACACCUGUCAGUUGACUUUAUUUAUCACGUGACCCGAUGUUUCCAGGUACGUGCCAAAGAAGCAUGGGACCACCUACGCUCCCUUUCCUUGGUCUUAGCUCGUCCGGUUCCUGUUGACCGUCUGCAGUCAUUGGUCACUCUCCUGUCACCACAACCUCAGCAACCAUCCCUGUCUCCAUUAUUGAUCCUCAACCUCUUAGUCAACCUUGCUGUUUUCUCAGAACAAUCGCUGAGUGGAUCAACAGAGAUUUUACGGACGGUGGUGGAUGGGUCCGCUCUGGCUGAUGAAGCAGCGUGUGUUCUCAGUUCACUGGAGCUCAGACUAAACGAAGGAAGCUGCUCAUCAAGCGACGCUAACAGAGUUCAUCUCAGGAUCAAGGCACUUCAAAACACACUAACACAUAUGCAUGCAGCAUCAAGCUCUGCUGAGUAAACCCCUCCCCCCUCGGGGUAUUUUCAGGACACUUUUGCAGAAUUACAAAUAGACACACUCUUGUGUAGAUAUGCUGCGGUACAAUGACAGGAGUGUGUCAAAAACAGCACGGGGAGGACAGAUUAUGUGGAGCGGCUACAAUUAUACGCACACACAUAACACGACUACAAGGCCCACGAGGACACUUGAGCAGUGACAGAUCACACUGCAAAGAGGCAGCAGCUCGUACAACAUGUCGGAGUCCUCCCACUCAUCGAAUUGUCUCACAAUAUAAGUCCUUCACGCUACAGAUGCUGACUGAAAGACAUUAAGUUUGCAGGACAAGAAAACCAAAAGCCAGUUAUCUUUGUAUAAUAACUAUUUGUGCUAUUUGUUCUAUGAAAAACAUGAGUAUGAGUAUAUGAUGAAAUAGAAAAAAUUACAUUUUCUGUUGCUUCAUUAUUUUUAAAGAUGAAGAUUGAAUCUGUCCUUUUUGUGUUUGAUCCCAUAGUUUUAAAAUGACCCCUGGGGUCUAACAUUUACAUUAUUUAUGACUACUGCUGAAGUUGUACAAAAAUAUUAACGCGUACUGCAUUUUUUUAAAGUCUAAGCAAAAGUGAUUUUUCAUUCAGGAUCAUUGAUAUUUUGUUUAGAAUUUGGUACAUGAUGUACUUUACAUACUGUGAUUUGUGUGUGGAAUAGUUUUCCACCCUUAAAAUUAAAAAGUGGGCUAAUGA